AUGGUGAAGCAAACUAAUCAGGGCUCUGUUGCUAUUUGUGCAUGGGAAGCAGAAGACUCCAUUGAAGUUCCUUUGACAUUCACUAGCAUUUUCAUUUCUUUUGGAGCUACAAUUAGUGGAUUAGUCAAGGGUUGUAGAGGUUUAAUUGGGGUUGAUGGUGCACAUCUCAAGGGUCAAUAUGGAGGCACACUCCUUUCAGCUAGUGCUCUAGAUGGUAAUAAUCAUCUAUUUCCUAUUGGUUGGGCUAUUGUUUCUAGUGAAGAUCAAGAAACAUGGAAAUUUUUUGUGUGGCACUUGAAGAAGAUACUAAAGGUGAGUGGUAGAGGUGAUGAUUGGACCAUCAUAUCUGAUAGACAAAAGGGAAUUGAGAUAGCCUUGAAUGAGCUAUGGCCAACUACUAGGAGGAGAUAUUGCUGCAAGCAUUUAUCUGCAAACUCGAAAAAAAUAUCCAGGGUCGUUGAUUUCAAGAAAGCUAUGAAAGCCAUUAACGAUGCGACCCUACGGCAAGGGAGUGGCUUGCAGAUAUUGGAGAUCAAUCAAGAUGGACAAAGUAUGCAUUUGACCCUAAUGUCUGUUGUAACGAGAACAAAACGAACUUUGUUGAGAGCUUCAAUGCAACUCUUGGAGUUGAUAGGUAUAAGGAGAGUAACUAUGGUAAGAAUGGCCACAAGAAAGGAAAAGAGUGAAAACUGGAUAGACACUGAUUUCUGUCCUAAUAUAGUGAAGCGAGUGAAGUCCCUAAUUUCGGACUCAAGAACAUGUAAGGUUUUCAAUUCUGGUGAUGGAUUUUAUGAGAUUAAAGAUGGUAAACCUUGUCUGCGAGCUUAA